ACAGACUCCAGAAAAUUUUCAAUCUGACCAAGAGGGAAUGGGGAAUAUCAUGUCAACAUCUUUUGCCCCCGAGUGUACCGAGAAGAAAACCAAGUAUGAUGACUGCUUCAACAAAUGGUACACGGAAAAGUUUUUACAAGGAAAAUCCAUGGAAAAUGAGUGUGUUCAAUUAUGGGAUGACUAUAUCACCUGCGUCAACUCUGCAUUGGCUCUGCAUCAAAUCAAACCCAUUUUAGACAAGGCCAGACAGGACCAGCCGUUCACUUCGGAGGAGAUUGACUCGGCCAUUGCCCCCAAGAAGUAAGGGUUUUUUCACUCCCACACCUGUAAAUAGAAAUUGUAAAUAAAAGACAAUCGUCUCAUGGCCUCCUCGAAAACCAUCCUUUUAUAAAUGAAUCAAUGAACGUACAUAUACUAAAUGUCCGCUUGUUUUCCUUGUUUUACUUGUAAUCUGAUGUGUCUGCCCUGUUUUCUGAAGUUUCUGGUUUUGCCA